GACGUGUUUAUCAAGCGACUGAACCGCGCGCUGUUUGGUGGAGAUGUUAAUGGCGAGGAAUCUUUACUGAGUUGUUUUCGUUUUUAUUGGUAAACGUGUUAAAUUUACCGAGCUUUGAGCCGUACGGGGUACCAGAACAGAAUAGUCAUGUUCAGUCCCCGCACAACCCCGAGCUCCGGCCGCAGGCAGCCAGUCAGAACCCCCGCGAGGAAGACCGUCUCCGGGGCGGCCACCAGCCUGCUGUUCUCCCCGCGCAGGACGCCUCUGUCGGCGAGGUCAACCCCAACUCGAGUGCAGAGCCACGCCGCUGCAGAGACGAUCGGAUAUGAUGUACAGACAUUUGGCUCAUCACUGCCAGUCAAAGUGAUGGAAGCUCUGACGAUGGUUGAUGCUGAUGACCAGAUCUCAGUUAAGGUGGAUGAGAGUGGCUGGGCCUGGAUGGUUUGUGGAGACAGACUGAUCAUUUGGAAAAUCUGCCAAACUGCUGUGGCCAAGCUGUCUGUGUGUAAGGAGCUGCAGUUACCCAGAAGUGAGUAUAACUACACAGCCGACCUUGUUGCGCUGGCGUCCGUUGGUCCUCUAGAGACAUCCGCUGUUCAGUCCAUCUCCGUCUUGGCCAUGGCAGCAGAGGGAACGGCUCGGGUCUGGCUCACUCUGGCUCAGGAAGGCAACUACACAGACACAGAGGUGGACCUGGGAGACCUCUGCAACUUUGUCGUAGCUGUUGCCGGUGGAAGUUUCGUCUUGUCCUCAGUCAGGAGUCGGAUGAUGAGAGCGAGUGUGGAUUGUUCUGGAAAACUGCUGUGCCGAGACCUGCAGCAGGGACAGGGCAUGUUGUCGGGCAUCGGACGCAGAGUCUCCAGUCUGUUUGGCAUACUCUCUCCUCCAGCCAACGACACACUGCACAGUGUGCUGUGGGUGGGCAGAGCCAGAUGCCUGUACACACUGACCAGUUCCAAUCUGAGUAAAUGGGAGGUGGACGACAACUACGAACACCAGAUCCUCAGCUGGGACGUCCGCAGAGCCCUGACAGAGAGCAUCGCUGACGCCAUCUGGGGAUCAGAGAGCAACUACGAGGAGAUGAAGGAGGGAGCAAAUGUGAUCUAUCUGGACAUGAAGCUCGGCCAAGCUGGCCUGGUGGUUUUGGCUGCAGCUUGGCACCCGUCAGACUCACCGUGUCUGGCCUAUUUCUGCCUUGUCACGCUGCAGGAUAACGGCACUGCCAUCGCUGACCAGUUUAAUGUGGAGGUCACCAAGUACAGUGCCCCGUUCCAGAGUGAGGAGGCAUUACAGUCCACUCGCCUUGUGUUGCCACAUUCCCCCGGUUCCACGGCCUUCGUCUACAAUGAGGAGCUGGUGUUCGCCUGCUCGACGGGCACCAGCAGAGGAGGAUUACCUGAUGAGAAAAUCAGCUUCAACUCACCUGGUGAUGGCGUUCGUGGCGGCGGCUGCUGUGCCAAGCUGCCAGUGUUUUUCUCCCAGAACAGUGGCCUGGUGGCCGUUGUGGCCAGAGAGAGUGCCUCUAUUCUGCCGGAGACCAUGGAGGACUCGCUUUGUUCCUCGCUGGCUGCGGCUCCAGAGGUUUCCGUCAUGGAGACUCCGACCAGAGCAGAACCUGUAGCUCAAGAGGACAAAACCAAAUUCCUGAAGGCUGCCUUCCUACAGUUUUGUCGUAAUGACCUGGUCGGGGCUCAGACGGUCACAGAUGAACUCUUCCCUGUGGACGGUGAUGGCGAGGAGGGGGCUGAGCUGGACAGCAUGGUGACUCAGAUCAACUUGGACCUGGUGGACGAUUACCCGGCAUCUGAUCCCCGCUGGGCUGAAUCUGUUCCAGACGAGAGCGCUGGAUUUCCACUCACCUCGCUCAUCAUCCUCCACCAGCUGGAGGACAAAAUGAAAGCUCAUGGCUGCUUCAUGGACUUCCUGCUCCAGGUAGGACUCCUGGAUCGGCUUACUCAGGUGACGGUACGUUCGUCUCCCAUGGCAACGCGCCUGCUGCUGUGCGAACACGCCGAGAAGCUGCAUGCGGCCAUGGUGCUAAAAAACCACCACACCAAGCACGCUGAGUUGGUGAACCACGCCAUUAGCGCCGCUCUGCAGAAGAAUAACACCGCCGUGCCGCCCAGCCUCACUGCCGCCGAUGUCUUCUUCAGAGAGGUGUCUCAGAUCUCCACAGUGUUUGAAUGUCUGCUGGAGGAGGAGGAGCGCAGUCUGAAGGACAACCCAGUGGACUCGGUGCAGUGGGCAGAGGCUGUCCUCAAUGUCAACAACAUCAUCAAGGACAUGCUUCAGGCUGCUGGUCAGUACAGAGAGACUAAAGCCUCCAUAUACAGAGCUUCAGAGAGCGUGUCUGCAGAGCCAGAGUACAUCCCAUGGACAGCAUCCGUCGGCGUCCGUGCCAUCAUCUCCCGCCAACACGAGAUAAUCCUGCGCUCAGUUUACCCACAUGCCGACUCGGAGCUGCGGAGCGCCCUGUGUGAGCAGCUGGUGCCGCUGUUGGACAUCUACCUGGGAGGCUAUGUGGCCCAGCUGAACUCCCUGCAGCAGCAAAGACCCCCGGGGGCCCAACAGGAGCGCUACAACACCCUAGAGAUGGAGUACAGCCAGCGGCGCUCAGAGCUGCUGUCUGUGCUGUUGGAGUUGGGUCAGUACCAGUGGGUGGCAGCACUGGCUGAGAAAUACUGUGACUUCGACAUCCUGGUUCAGAUGUGUGAGCAAACAGACAACCAGAGCCGCCUGCAGCACUACAUGACCAAGUUCGCUGACCAGAACUUUGCAGACUUCCUGUUCCGAUGGUACAUGGAGAAGGGGAAGAGGGGGAAGCUGUUGUCCCAGCCGGCUGCUCAGCACCAGCAGCUGGACAGUUUCCUGCAGGCUCACCAACACCUGAGCUGGCUGCACCACAUCCACAUCCACGACUACCACAAAGCCCACAGGACUCUGUACAGUCAGGCUAACAUGGAGACCCGUUACUUUGUGAAGAAGAAGACACUGCUGGCUCUCAGUAAACUGACGGCGCUGGCAUCCAACCUGCCAGAGCAGGAGAUCAACAAACAAGUGAACGACAUCGUGGAGCAGGAACGUUUCCUCCUUCACCAGGAAACGCUGCCCCGACAGCUGCUGGAGGAGAAACAGCAGAACCCUGACACCAUGCCUCUGCUGAGCACCUACAACCUCAUACAGCUAUACAUCUGUGACGACAACAGACGAGCCAACGAGUACGACUUCAAAAAGGCUCUGGAUCUGCUCGAGUACAUUGACGAGCAGGAGGAUGGCGUAGACAUCGAUGAACUCAAAUGUGAGAUCUUCAGCAAAGCGCUCAGAAAAGACGAUUGGUCUUCUGCUGACGGGAACGAUGAUCCUCUUGAAGCUGCGAAAGACAGCAUCUUCGUCAAGAUCCUCCUGAAGCUAAUACAGGAAGGUGUUCCACUGCAGACGUACCUGCCUGAUGUUAAGGACCUACUGGAGCAGGACGACCUCAGCAGCCUGAAGUCAAAACCAUACUUUGAAUUUGUCCUUCGAGCAAAUUAUGAACAUUAUCUUCAAGCUCAGAUGUGAUGUUUCAUCACACAGUAAAAGCAAACCUACUGCACUUCAGCUUUCUAUUGAUUUCUUAAUAUUUUGUGUGGAAAAAAUGCUGUUUUCUAAAUAAAUGUUUACUUGAUCAACUUU